AUGGACUUGUCGACUGAAGAAUCGGAGAAACCUGCCAUCGGUGAAGAACCAAUAGAUGCUGUAAGACCUCAAAAUGGGUUGUUGGAAGGCGCACCGCCUGGCGAUACUGCUUGUGAUGGCGAACAUGUUGAGAACACCAAUGGAGUCGAAAACGUGGAGCCAAAGGAGGUCGCCGUGGUCGAAAGUGGUCCACCUAUGAAACGACAGCGUUUGGAGAAUGUCAAUGGGAAUGGAGCAGAGGCGAAUGGAGUGAAGAACGCUGGAGAGCACAACGCGCUGGAGACUAUGGAAGAAAAUGGUGUAGAAAAUGGUGGACAUCCGGAGGCGGUGAUGAGCAAUGGAAUCGCUGUAAACGGUACGAGUGCAGAUAACGGUGCGAGUGCAGAGAACGGUGCGAGUGCAGAGAACGGCGAACCUGUUGUCAACGGAAUCGGAGCUCCAACUCUUGACAAAGUCGUUCCAGUUCUCGAGACUCCGACAAAAGUAAUCGAGGAUCAAGAAGAACGGAAGGUGAAUAGGAAGAUUCCAGCUGCGAAACGUGAGAAACUCACCCAAAUGGCUCCUAAUACUUCACAGGCACCAGAGGAGGAGGAGGAAAUUGAACCACCACAUAGAGCACAAAUGGACGCUGACUUUCGCUUGGCAACGCGUUUACAAGAGGAGGAUGACAAAGUCGCCAGGGAAGAGGCCAAAAAACGUUAUGAGCAACAGGCAUUGGCAAUUCUUAAGCGACGUAACGCUAUUCAUCCAUUAUUAGAAAAAGGUGCGUCUCCCAACUUGUUAGUUCCCCAAUCAACGUUUCUGACACUUCCAGAAGUUCCAACUGCCUGCGAAAUCGACAAAGCUGAUAAGUUGUUCAGUCGGUGUAUCACCGAGCGUCAGAGUGUGUACGUUCCUGCGCCAAUGGGCUUGAUUGGAUACAACAUAAACUAUUAUAUUGAUGGUUAUAUGGAAGUGCUCAAUGGAAAUCAAUUUCCACUCGACCCCGUCAUAAAUGAACCAAUCCGAAAUACGACCCAUACGCCGGGAUAUGACGAUGUUGUUGACACUCCUGUAAAAGAUUCAUCUGACAAUCUCCAUGAAGGCCAAAACAUUGAAGUAGGAGAAUAUGUAACAGUGUCUGCCGAAUCAAGUGACCAGCAAGGUGGUAACCAGCCAGGACCAUCUAAUCGUCCGGUUAAUCUUCCACGCUUCGCACGCACAUUCAAAGAAGAGCAAGAGGAAAUAAGAAGGGCCAUCCGGCUUUCUAUGCAAGAAUAUUGUAAGGGAAAUAGCUCGAGUAUGAACGAUGAAUACGACCCAGAGGAAAAUCUUUGGCCUGGCUCACCACAACGCAACUCAUCGCCAAACGAUGCGUACUUCCCUGAUCCGAAUGUGCCAUCAACAUCAGCUGCAUGGGACGCGCAGCCUAGUUCUUCCUCAAAAUCGUCCAGCAGAGAUUGUGAGCCAUCUACCUCGUCAGCCUGGUACAAAAAUCAGCCUUCUACAUCCGGACCACCUGUAUAUCGUCCCGCCCGUCUGAGAAGCUCGGAAAUGGACGAUGAAGUCUUUGAAGAGACCGUGUACGAGAUUGAUGAAGCUGACAUUUCUUCUACAAUCACCACUGACGCGGAUAGAGUCGAGCCAAAAGCGAUGUGGAAAGACCCAGAGCAUAUGCCAGAGAUCAAGCUCAUUGAGAGAGAGGAGCUCAAAAAGAUGCCUGAAGACUACAUUAGUGAAAUCCGAAAGGAGCACACUGAGGGCAACAACACAUUCCAACCAUAUCCAACCGAAAUGGAAACGGAGUACAUGCAAUUGAUUCGUUCUUACUUCACAUGUCCAUGUGUUGUUCCCAAGAAUGUUGUUGGGUCUCGUUUCGAAGUAUACAUUCGAUUCCCAUUCCUCCAACGUCCACUCUACGUGCAGAAUGUUAUUGCCGCACUUCGUGCCCCGGAUAAUAAUGGAGACAUUCUUCCUCAAAUGCCAGAAUUCAUUCGAGAGAUGAGUGUCCCACAGUUCUUCAAAUAUGCUGCUAUCAUCUAUAUGGGUCUCAACUUCACGAACUGCCCGACGACAUCUGUCAUUUCGGCAGAACAAACGCGUAGAGCCAGAAGUGCGUGUGCAAACUCAAUACAGGUGAUCAUUGAUCGUCGAUAUCUAAAUGGUUAUCAUGACGUGGUUUCUGCCUUGGAAGCUCUCGAUAUCACGGAAGUGGAUAUGAUCAUAAUGAAAAUGGUGCGAGAUCAGCGCGUUGAAGAGAACACCGCCGCCAUUCUCCGGAAAAUGCUGCAACCACGAGUCACAAGAGUCAUCCAUUCGUAUUCGGAGACUGAUGCCAAGGCAGUUCAACAUCACGAGAAACAGGACGAUGCGCACACGCCCCAACUUCCAGAAUUUGGAAUUUGGGGACCAGAUCCUGAUCCACCUCAAGAAGAAGCUGAGCAAGCUGACAACAAGGAGGAGCCAAUAAUGGCUAACAUCAAUUUCCCAGCUAGAGCAGUAGAUAAUUCGCUGACUGAUGUAGAGUUUUCACCUGCUAAAAACCCAACGACACCCAUUAAGAAUGGUAAUUCUGGUCAUCAAACUGCCACGUCCGCCGAGAAGGUUCUCGUUGAAGAGAAAGCUGCUGAUGAAGCAACAACUUCAGCUCCUGCUGAUUCUGGAGAAAUCAAUCAUGAUCCAAAAGUUGAGAAUCCGGCAACUAUUCAGGAUACUUUAAUUCAGCCACAAGAAGAGUCAUCGGAGGUUGAGGAGAACCAACAAUAA